GAAACGGUGACUUGCCUGACUGUAUGAGUGGUACUAACUCAUACAAUUAGUACCACUAAACUGUAUGAGUUAGUAGAACUCAUACAGUUCACACUCAUAGGCAGCUAAGUUUUUGGAGAGUUACAGAUCAUAAAAAGAGCAACGUUGGUGACAUGUGUUCAAGGUACUCGAUAAUUAGAGAUGAAUAGGAGGGCCAUAGUCGAGAUCAGUCAAGAGUUUCAGUGAUAAAUCAUAUUCACAGGCGACAUUGUGUUGAAGAGAGCAUAGUGAGGUCGAGGUAAGCUCUUGUUAAAUACGCAGAGUUUCCCUUAAAAGUGACUAAACUGGAGAGGAAUAAUAGAGGACAUAUUGGACAAUGGAUGUUGAAUGUGUAACAGGAGGGGAGGAGAGAAGAAGAAAUGGAUGGAUGUACUGGAGCGGGAUUUGUAUGGACAUAAAUACGGGAUGUGACAGGGAAGGAAGAUGGGUGUAGCGACCUCUAAAGGAAGAAUAUUAAAAAAAAAGACAACGAACUUGUGAAAAUUCUUGUCCAUAUCAACUACAAGUGCAGUAUACUGAGGAGAAGCUGGGCCAGGCGGAAAGGACAGAGUUGGAUGCUCACUUUGAGAACCUAAUGAGCCGCGCUGACUGCACCAAACACUGGACAGAGAAGAUCUACAGACAGACUGAGUACCUGCUGCAGCCCAACCCAAUUGAUCAUACUGGUGCCAGAAUUGAGGAGUUUCUCUAUGAGAAGCUGGACAUGAAAGCACCCUCCAGGGUUACCAACGCAGAGCUGUUGGGUCACUAUAUGGAAGAGGCUGCGAAGGAGUUUGGGCCUGGUACACCGUACGGGAGCACUUUGCUGAAAGUUGGGGACUGUGAGAGGAGACUGGGAGCAGCAGAGAGAGAGUUCAUUCAGACCUCAGCCAUCAGCUUUCUCAACCCACUCAGGAACUUCCUGGAAGGAGACUGGCGAACCAUCUCAAGAGAGCGCCGUCUGCUGGAGAACCUCCGCCUGGACCUGGACGCCUGUAAAGCACGUGUAAAGAAGGCCAAGGCGGCCGAGGCCAAGGCAGCGUGCGAGGGUGCUGUGGCCCCAGAUUUUCAGGAGACCAGACCUCGCAACUAUGUGCUUUCUGCCAGUGCCUCUGCGCUCUGGACUGAGGAAGUGGAAAAAGCUGAACAAGAUCUCAGGCUGGCUCAGACGGAAUUCGAUCGGCAGGCAGAAGUUACACGGCUGCUUUUGGAAGGCAUCAGUAGUACACAUGUGAACCACCUGCGCUGUCUGCAUGAGUUUGUGGAGGCCCAGGCCGCUUACUAUAAGCAGGGUCAUCUUCAUAUGCUGGAGCUGCAGAAAGAGCUGGGAAGUUCUGAUGAGGAUGUGCUUCCCAAUGCUUUCGCACUGAACUCCACUCACUCCGUGGCUGCUGCAGCAGGUGCAUCAGAAGGCGCAGAGAGCCCAGUGGAGACGGAGACGCUGAAGAUUGAAGAAGUCCAGGCACCAGCUACCGGAACCCGCAAGGCCAAAGUUCUGUAUGACUAUGAUGCUGCUGAUUCGAGUGAGCUCUCCCUUCUGGCUGAUGAGCUGAUUACAGUUUACACAGUGCCAGGAAUGGACUCUGACUGGCUGAUUGGAGAGAAAGGAAAUCAGAAAGGAAAAGUGCCUGUCACAUACCUGGAGCUUCUGAGUUAGAGUGCAUGCAUGUGUAAACGUGUGUGAACGGGCACAACUGAAGCUUUCACUUCAAAGAAAGUCACACUUGCACUAGCGAGUGACCUUCAGUAAACACUCCACUGCAAUCCGCUGCACACACUCCUCAGAACAAUCAGAAAAGGUCUGAACAUAGAGACACUGUUACAGCGAGAGCAGGAAACUCCCUGGCUGGGAUCAGUCACAUUCCUUCUAGACCAGUUUUGGUGAUGUCAUAACAAUGUUGUCAUUGAUAUUCUAUUUAUUGAAGUGCAUGUCAGAUGUUUAAUCAGAGGAUUUCUGAUGCUGACUGAUUUGUUUUUCCCCGAGUGUUUCUUCAUGUUUCUACAAACGUUCCUAUGAUCUGGGAAAAACCUCCCAACAAAUAUAGUGAUGUGAAAAGUGUUUCCCCUCUUGAUGAUUUCCUUUUUGUUUUUCUUUUGCAAGCUUGUCCCAUUCAGAGCAUCAAACCUUUUGAAAUAUUAGUCGGGUAACAUAUGUAAACACAAAAUGCUCAUUUUAAAUGAGGAUGUUUAUUGUUACAGGUAGGCCCGUGGUGAUGAACAAAUCAAUUAAUUGCACGAUAAAUUAAAAUGAGCUCCAUACUAUAAUGAUCUCUUGUUUGUUUUCGUCCUGUCUCUGUCUCUCUACCAAAGAGACUAGAUGACUUGAGUCUUCACUCCGGUGCUUUGUUACUCUUCUCCUCUCGUUCCCUUGGUAGCAGCUUAGAGGGAGGUAAAAGCGUCUGUUUUCGUCCUCUUGGGCUGAACCCAAUACAUGGGACACAAUAGCGAAAACAGCUAAAAAAGUUGAUCAAUUUUCAACUUUGUGGUCUUUCUCGGCUGUGUGUGCAUGUCUGUGUGCAUGAGCUAGAAAUUUGACAUGAACGAAUUACGCCGUUCACUCGGCUGGAUGAAGGCAAGCGACAGCUGCAGUCUGAAAGGUUGACUGCAGCUCUAACGUUACAGGCUACAGAAUAUAAAGCUGAAUCUAAAGUCAUUCAGCUUUAGAUUCAAGCUGAAUGACUGCAGUGAACUACUGAACCCGUGGAGCCACUGCUUUGUAAAACAGUAGCAAUUAAAACAAUAGAACCAAUAUAAGUGCACCUAAAAUGCACCGAUCCAGGUUUCCUUGCAAGUUCACCUCUGGAUGUCAGUAGAAAAAUAAACUGACCAAGUUAUUAGGUUUAUGAGGUAAUCACUUUUUUAGAUCUACUUUAUUAUUCACAAUAUAAUUAACACUUUGGUUUAAAAACUGCAUUUUGUGUUUACUUGUGUUGUUUUGGAUAUUUAAAUUGGUUUGAUGUUCUGAAACACUGAAGUGUGAGAAACAAAAGACUUGGAAGUCAUGGAGGGGCAAACGCUCGUUCACCACACUGCAUAUUUCUGCUUUUUCUAAUAUGUUUGUUCUGCUUUAGUAGGUUUCAUCUAAAACCCUUCAUCUUUCCAUGAAACAGUCUUGGACAUCAGGCAUGCAGUUUCAUGUCGGUCCAUUCGGGUUAACAAUAAACGCAGUGAAUCCUGGCUGUAAUUAAAUCACCUGGUUGAAGUCUAGAUGUCCUAAACUACCAUAGAUUGCUUUACAGGAGAAACACUAAAACGAGAACAGCAUUUACUUUUUAACUUUUUCUUUUCAUCCAUAACAAACUCAAACCUUCCACUGAAGCAUUAAUGUGCAGUGGAAAAGGGCAGAUAAUGGUCCUAAUGGGUUCUUUUCCACUCCUGACUGUUGAGAGGAAGAUUUGCCUUAAGUCUUAGCAAUACCGCUUGCUUCAGACCGUUCCACCAAACUACAGAUUUCCGCCUGCGGAACAGUCUGCACUCCUGUUCAGCAAAUGACAAACUGCCUUACAGUGACAGGGCAGCUGCUCACAGAAUGUUUCUUGUGCAAGUUUGUCACAUUCAAGCCACAGCCAGCAUGCAAGUGCCCUUUCCCUUCAUCAUGCCAGUGCUUCUCCAGGCGGUUUGUCCUCUUAGUGUUUUCUUUGAACACCUUCAGGCCUGUCUGACUCAAACCUUAAAGUGUCCUCAGUCUUCGUGCUGCAUGUGCUGCAAACUGCUGUAGUCGCCUGUCCUGCUGGAAGUGUGCGUGAGUGAACAAACAAUGUGAGAUUUAAACUUCUUUGCACCAAACCUCACAUCCAGUCUGUGUAUGCAUGAACCUUUCUGACCUCCUAAUCACCGGUGUUAUGAAUUUUAGUGAAACAAGCGGAAGGCUGUCUUCGCUCCAGACGUUGAGACAGGGGACUGUAACCACCUUGUCCUUCGAGCCUCACUUGUUUUUGCUUUUAAUAAAUGUGCUACUGAUGUACCUUUAUUUUUGUUUGAGUUGAUUUGCCUCUUACUAUCUGAAUGAGCAAAAAUAAUUUAAUAAAAUACAUAAUUUAUUUGAAA